AUGGCAGAAGUGAAAUUACUAGGAGCUUGGCCUAGUCCAUAUGUUUACAGGGUUAUAUGGGCACUAAAACUCAAGGGUGUGGAAUAUGAGUAUGUAGAAGAGGAUGUGUUAUUCAACAAGAGUGAUCAGCUUCUGAAGUAUAAUCCAGUGCAUAAGAAAGUUCCUGUGCUUGUUCAUGAUGGGAAACCAAUUGCAGAGUCCAUUGUCAUUCUUGAGUACAUUGAAGAGGCAUGGCCACACAACCCCCUGCUUCCAAAAGACCUUCACCAAAGAGCCGAAGCUCGGUUCUGGGCGAAGUUUGGAGAGGACAAGAACCGAGCUUUUUUGGGCUUCUUUUUUGUGACUGGAGAAGACCAAGUGAAAGCAAUCAAAGAAGCGCAGGAAAGUCUUGGAAUCUUGGAAGAGCAUGGCCUGGGAAACAAGAAGUUCUUCGGCGGCGACGAGAUUGGAUUGGCCGAUUUGGCAUUCGGGUGGAUAGCUUGGUGGCUGGAAGUCCUGGCGGAAGCAGCUGGGGUUAAGGUGCUGGAAGCUGACAGCUUUCCUCGCUUGAAGGCAUGGAUGCAAAGCUUCAAGGAGCUUCCCACAAUCAAAGAGAGCCUUCCAGAUCGCAGUGCAAUGUUGACCUACUUCAAAGGCCGAAGAGCAACAUUUGUUGCUUCUGCAGCAGAUGCAUAA